GGGUUUACCCCCGGUUUAUUCCCCCUUUAUUCCCACGUUAUUCCCGGUUUAUCCCAGGCUUAUCCCGGCCGCCCUCGCCAGGCGGCAGCACCGCGGGCCGCGGGCGGCGGAGGUGACGACAGGCGGAUUCCGUCGGCAGCGCCGCUCGCAGUCUCCCGCUCCACGGGACCGGCGAGAUGGACACCCAGGACAUUGAAGAGCUGCAGCAGGAGGUGGUGGAGGAGCUGGGAAUCUCCCUGCAGGAGCUGCAGGAGAUCAUCGACAAGGAGGUGGAGAACUCCGAGUGGGUGAGGCAGCGAAAGCAGCAGCUGGAGGAGCUGGAGAAGUGUGUGAGGCACAAGGAGGAGGAGGCGGCUCACGUUGACCAGCUCAUCGACAAUGCCACGAGAGCCAUCGACAAGUGCGAGACGUUGGCCAAGGAGUUGUACUCCAUGAUGGGCCUCCAGUACCGGGAGAGCAGCUCCGAGGACGAGGCCCCGGCGGCCACGGAAGUGAUCGAGAUCCCGGACGAGGAGGACGACGACGUCAUGAGCGUGGACUCGGGCUGGAAGCACAGCACCAGCAGCUCCAGAAUCUCCAAAGAUCAGAGUCUGGUGAGUGAGAAGCUGCAGGAAGCAAUGGCUGCCAUGAGGAGAUCAGCCCGGGAUGUUGCCAAAUUCAUGGAUGCUGUGAACAAGAAAACAAGCUCCCAGGAAGCACAAAAAGAGGCACAGCCCCCUCAGCCAUGUCCUGGCACUGCCCAGCCCGUUGUCCCCGCGGCCCCUGGGGAUGAUCUCAACACCGACGGGGAUCUCAAAGUGGGAAUGAGGAUUUUGGGCAAGAAAAGAACCAAAACGUGGCACAAAGGGACCUUGAUUGCCAUCAAACCAGUCGGUGCUGGCAAGAAAUACAAAGUGAAAUUUGAUAACAAGGGGAAGAGUUUGCUCUCGGGCAACCACAUUGCCUACGACUACCACCCGUGUCCUGAGGGGCACCACGUGGGCAGCAGGGUGGUGGCCAGGUACAAGGAUGGCAAUCAGAUGUGGCUCUAUGCUGGCAUCGUGGCUGAGACCCCCAAUGUCAAGAAUAAAGACAGGUUCCUGAUCUUCUUCGACGACGGCUACGCGUCGUACGUGAAGGAGUGGGAGCUGUACCCCGUCUGUCGGCCACUGGAAAAAAGCUGGGAAGACAUUGAGGAUGUUUCCUGUCGGGAUUUCAUCGAGGAAUACAUCACUGCCUACCCCAACAGGCCCAUGGUGCUGCUGAAGAACGGGCAGCUCAUCAAAACUGAGUGGGAAGGGACCUGGUGGAAAUCCAGGGUGGAAGAAGUGGAUGGAAGUCUGGUCAAAAUCCUCUUCCUGGAACCUCUUCCCAUGGGAAGUGGGAGCGUGUCCUACUCCCUCCUGCAGGAGGAUAAACGGUGUGAGUGGAUUUACCGUGGCUCCACACGCCUCGAGCCCAUGUUCAGCAUGAAAACCUCCACAGCUUCCACCCAGGAAAAGAAGCAAAGUGGGCAAACCAGGACUCGGCCCAAUGUCGGUGCUGUGAGGAGCAAAGGCCCUGUGGUCCAGUACACCCAGGAUUUAGCAGGAGCUGGUCCCCAGUACAAACCCCCGGAGCAGCUCCCGGCUGCUUCCUCUGUGUCCCCUCAGCCUGCAGAGAUGGAGCGCUGGCCCCCGGCUGCCUCGUGUCCCUGCACCUGGACUGACCUCGCUGGCUUCCCAGGGAAUCCGGGAUCAGCGGUGGGUCCCGGUGGGCACGGAGCAAACCCCGGCCAAGCCGCUGCCAGGGGCCCGAGGGGGACGUCCCCGGAGCCUGGAGGAGGCCUGGAUGGAGGAGGAGCUCGGCUUGGUGCUGAAGGGAGCGUGUUGGAGGACACCAGGGAGCCCGGGAAUGUGCUCUGGGACUCUUUAGGGGAGGGAGCUGCUCUCCCGGGUCAGUUCUGCCCCCGCUGUGGAUUCCCCAUCCGGAUCUGCGGCCGCCUGGCCCCGUGCCAGCACGUCUUCUGCUGUGACUGUGCCCUGCUGGUGGGGCACGAGGGGGGCAGGAGGUGUCCCAGCUGUGAGGAGCCUGUGCAGGAAGUCAAUCUUUACUCCCCCGAGGCUCUCCAGGUGUAGCAGCAGCUCAGACCCCGGCUGGGGGGGUGUCUGGUGGGGGUUCCUCUCCGAGCAGUGCAGUAUGACCCAAUUUUACCCCUGGAAACGCUCCCCCUGUGCCGCUCUGACCAGGAGUUGGGGAUUGAAGCCACAAGAACGUUGUUCCUCACCUUUUCCAUAACCCAGAAGAGAGGCUGGAUGCUGGAGGAGGUCCCAAAAUCCCCCCUGUGUGCAGGGAAGGGCCGGGCUGUGCCUGGCACUGGGACACUCCGGGCUGGGAGGGCGUCGGGACCGUGGGCACGACGUGAACACGACCAAGUUGGACCUGCAGCCCCGUCGUGGGCAAAUCCUUCCCCACUUCCUCCUUGCAGUGGUCACAAGGAGUUCUUUCCCUCUCCCCACAGAGGGUUUGGCUUUAGGAUCUGGUUUCCAUCCGGGCAGACACUGCAGCUGCUUCCCUGCCCUCAAACCCAGCUGGUGUGAGCGGUGCCCCGGGGCCGUGUCCCUGUCCCUGCUGAGCCCAGGGAUCCUUGGAUUUUAGAUCAUUAAAACCAAGAAUGGUCUCUCCA